AUGAAGCUUCCCUCCCGGCCCUCGCUCUGGGUCGUGCCUGCCUUCGUCGCCCUCCUCGUCGGGGCAGCCGCACAAGGCCCCUCUGCCUCGGCCCCACCCAGCACCAGUCCCACAGCUGCCCCACCCUCAGCUCAGCCCACAUCAACUCCCUAUGACCAGCCAUUGCCCCUGAACCCCACAUUCCCAGACCAGCCCCGGGACAACAUAUCGAGCCCUUCGUACCCGGAUCCCGAAUACAUCAAGCUGCUCGACUACACACUACUGUUCUACGAAGCCCAGCGCGCAGGCAAGCUCCCUGCAGAUCAGCGUGUUAAAUGGCGCAACGAUUCCGUGUUGGAUGAUGGCAAGGAUGUCGGUGUGGAUCUCUCAGGGGGAUACUUUGAUGCAGGGGAUUAUCUCAAGUUCAUCUUUCCAUUGACAUUCACCAUGUCAGAGACUUGCUGGGGUGGCAUAGAGUUCUGGGACGGAUACCAGCUCGCCAAUCAGACACGAUAUCUUGACCAGAUGGUUCGCUGGGGUAUGGAUUGGCUGAUCAAGGCCCAUCCCAACAACAACACGCUUUAUGUCCAGGUCGGUCUAAGUGAGGUCGAUAACGACUACUGGGGACCGGAUACCUCUAUUCCAAAGCCACGCCCAACAUUCCAGGUCAACAACACGCGACCAGGCACGGAUGUGAUGGCGGAUGCGGCUGCAGCUUUCGCCUCGUGCGCCAUGCUUUAUCGCGACAAACUCAACGACACAGCUUACUCCAACACUCUGCAGACCCAUGCCGAUUCCCUUUUCCUCCUGGCAGAAACAGCCUUGCCUCAGCAAGUCUACCAGACUGUUGUCCCUGCAGUCACUUGCUGCUACGCCUCGUCUGGUUUCGUGGAUGAGCUGGCUUGGGGCGCUGCUUGGAUGUACAAACUGACAAAGAACUCUGUCUAUGCCCAAAAGGCCGCCAAAUACAUUGAUCAACUCAAUGCACAAUCUGUCCAGACGAACCCGGUUACAUGGGAUGAUAAGACUGGACUGGUGUAUAUCCUCAUGGCCGGGGCGACGACAGGAACGAGCGAUAACAAUACAAAGUGGCAAGGAUUGGCAGAGGCGUUCGCGGGCUUUACGAGGAGGGCCUCCAAACCCUGCGCGUUUACGAAAGGCGGACUGUAUUACUGUGCAGGAAACUCAGGCGAUGACUCUGCAGUCGUGGCAGCCAAUGCUGCGUUUGCACUGCAUCUGUUGGCGAAUCAGAUGACGACGGCUGGAGGCACUAAGAUUGACUCGACCACUCAGGGGAAGAUUGACAACUACAGAUCGUUUGCACUUGGACAGAUCAAUUACCUGUUGGGCGACAAUCCCGAGAAGACCCCAUAUGUCGUGGGUGUGCAUCCCAAUUCACCUGUGAAUCCUCACUCUGCCCCUGCCUCUGGAGGCAAUAAUGCGGACACCAUCGACACAUAUCCUGAAAAGGAAGCAUACACCAUCUACGGCGCGCUUGUUGGAGGCCCCGAUAAGAAUGAUCGUUUCCAGGACCAGCGCAGUGAUUGGAGACAGAAUGAGGUUGCCUUGGACUACAAUGCGCCCUUCAAUGGUUUGAUGGCAUAUCAGGUUUGGAAAUCUCAGGAAUCUCCUCCAUAUGUGAUCGUUCCAGCUGGCAGACCUGACUUGCCACCCAUCCUCAACGGCAUGGAGGUCUGGCAGAUCAUUCUCAUCAUCGUCGGGUCUAUAUUUGUCGCAGUUGCAAUUGGUGCUAUCGUCUGCUAUCGUAAGCGCGAACAGAUCCGUACCUGGGCUGCUUCUAGGAAAAAGAGCAAAGCCGAGAAAGCCGCGUACAAGAUGUCGAUGAAGAACCUGAAUAGACCCAUCAACCGCAGUAGUGAAGACGAUGCCGCCACCUCAUCGCCGGUCUCACCACCACUGCCGCCACCACCACCAGUGCGAGGCCAACAGCGCCCCGUACCACCACCGCCACUACCAGCGCGAGGCCAGCAGCGCCCCGUGCCACCACCCCCUCUCCCUGCCAGGGACGAGCCCAUCCUACUCGAGAACGCUCGUCGUUCAUGA